AUGCCUGACAGACAUAAGUUGAAGCUUUUCUCCCAUUUCAAGCCAACGUCUCCUUCGGCGGCUCCUCCGCCAGAUGACCAGCUCAACACGUCCACGUCCAAUACGCUGCAAUCGGGCCGGAAGUUCUUAGGCUUCCAUAUUGGUCGCCACGACUCGCAGGACUCACUUGCAUCGCCGACUUUGACAAACUCAUCUGAUCACCAGCAUCACUCGUCGCCACAGGCGCCAGCACAGGCUGCGGGCGUCAAAGUACAUUCGCCGGGAAUACUCGCCCAAAAUAUUGGUGUCCAGCCUGCUGCGGCUGAUGAAAAUGCCUUCAAUAAAACCCACAGCAUGGGAGAGUUGAAACGGCUCUUCAAGCCUGCUCGAAAGAGCUCCAAGACCCAGGGCUCGCCGGGCGUGCCUUCUGGUGGAGCCCAGCUAGGCACAAAUACGGGUCCUAACUCGGCUCUCCAUAGUCGCGAGCCGCUGUCAACGUCCCUAGCAACACUUAUCAACCAGACAUCUCUGCAACUCCUCAACCAACAACAGCACAAACGCAAGGACGGACCUCAACAGGAGCCAUUCACACAGGACGAGUCACCUUUGGUCAAGAAGUAUGGUAAGGUCGAAAAGGAGCUCGGUUCAGGUGCGGGAGGUUCUGUUCGGUUGAUCAUUCGACCAUCCGACGGCAAGACAUUUGCCGUCAAGGAGUUCAGACCUCGCAGAAAUACCGAAUCAUUCAAGGACUACACGCGUAAGUGCACAGCCGAGUACUGUAUUGGAUCAACAUUGAAACACCCAAACAUCAUCAAAACUAUCGAUAUAAUCCAUGAAAACAACAGAUACUACGAAGUCAUGGAAUAUGCACCAAUCGACUUUUUUGCCGUGGUAAUGAGCGGUGAAAUGUCGCGCCAGGAAAUCAAUUGCUGCUUGAAGCAGAUUAUCGAAGGUGUCAGUUACUUGCAUCUGUUGGGUCUAGCCCACCGUGACUUGAAGCUAGAUAAUUGUGUGCUCACCACAGAUGGAAUUCUCAAGAUCAUUGACUUCGGUAGUGCCGUCAUCUUCAAGUACCCAUACGACCAGUAUGGAUCCAGACAGGAGGAAUCAGUCCACUACUGCCAUGGUGUGGUUGGUUCCGAUCCAUAUCUCGCUCCAGAGGUUUUGUCAAGCCUGAAUUCUUACAAUCCGCUGCCUGUAGACUUAUGGUCAAUUGCCAUAAUCUACUGCUGCAUGACAUUAAAGCGUUUCCCAUGGAAGAUUCCUAGCCCAGAGAAGGACAACAGUUUCAAAUUGUACGCCAUGGAAGAUGACAACUGGCAUGACUACAACCUAUCCAAUGAAUGCCACAAGUUGCUAUUGAGACAACGCCAGUUGAAGAACAUGAUUGUGAGACUGAACAAGAAAAAGAAGCUUAUUCAAAAACAAGAAGAAGGCGACCAAACUGAAGAGAGUGCAGAGGCAGUGCCCGAGGCUCAAGGAGAAAACGAGGAUGAAACUAAUGAACAGAAAGAGGAUAUAGAAGACAAAUUACGUGGUUUGUCCUCUGUGGAAGUGCUUAGUGAUGAACAAGCGCAUGAAGUGAUGGAAGAAUUGAAGACGAUUGAUGAGAAGCUUGAAGAGUUUGAGAAGAUCAAGAGUGAAAUGAAAGUGAAAUUUGCUCAAGCGCAUCCUCCUCGUGGAAAUGCCGAAGAUGAGCAGCGUGAGGCAGCCAAGGAAGCUGGCGAUGGAGUCAAGAGAAGCAGAACGCACAAGCAAAUCCAUGGACCAUACCGUUUGAUGAGAUUAUUGCCACACGCUUCGCGUCCAAUUAUCCUGAAGAUGUUACAAAUUUCCCCACUGAGGCGUGCCACCAUUGAGGACAUUAUGAAUGACGAAUGGAUUCAGAGCAUUGAGUGUUGCACUUUGAAGCCAAGCAAGCAAGUGUCAGUUGAGAACAUCGAGGAGGAGGAUGUUGUUCUUGUGAAGGGUGAACCAAAGCACGAACAUACCAUUGUGAUGGAAGAGAACCCACAGGAAGCUAAAUAG